AGAAUCGAACCUGCUGUCUUUUUGCCGGCUGAUUGUGGACGACCGCCCAUGCCCCUGAGUGGUUCCAGAUCCACUUGAUCAAUUUCACCAGCUGCCAAAGGGUCGUGCGCAAGCCUCACCCACUGCGAUGCAGGCGCCACCAUCUGCGGUGUCACUACCCUGGGGCUCUACUCUAAUGAUCCUGCGUGGAGAUUCUCCAAACCUUCUGUUGUCGUUGCUCUCCCAAGAGUUGGCAGUGUUCUCCACUGCUAUUUUUCGCUGUUGGAGCAGACGAGCAGAUCCAUUCUCGCUCUCAGUGGAUCCAGCACCCAUCAUUCGCCGGUUCCUAUCCCGGUGCCCCCUUACAGGCAUCUCGCAGAACCUUGGAAGCCCUGGAAAGCCUGGUGCGCCCGUCAGGCAUCGGCACCAUAUAGUAUCCCGUUUUCCAUCGCAGCAACAAGCAAGCUGUUUGUCUUAUACCAGCUCUACCUCUGAUACUUUGCUGCCAGAUUUGUCUCCAAGUUCCUCAACAGCCAAAGCUUGCCAAAGCCGAUCUGACAGCAGGCUCGUAUCGUGCGGGCGAUCCCUUUAGCCCGUUGAGAGCGCCUCAUCACAUGCAACUUGUCCCAGUUUUCUGAACUUGCAAGAAGAGGAGGAAAUCCGGCUGGGUG